UAGGUAGGUAGGUACAGUACACGCAGGUAAGGUAGUGUGUGUGUGUGUAGACGCGGGUUCCUGUUCCCGACCGCCCGCCGCCUUUGACAUUGAAACUUGCCCGCUCGUGUCUGCCGUCGCCGCCCGUCGCCAACUCGACUUGCAACUUUCAAUCAUUACCUUCUUCCCCCGACGACCCGUCACGAUGCUGUCCGGGAUCCUCAUCUUCAACCAAAAGGGCGAGAACCUCAUCUUCCGAGCCUUCCGCAAUGACUGCCGCCCACGACUGGCGGACGUGUUCCGCAUCCAGGUCAUCAGCAACGCCCAGGUCCGAUCCCCUAUCUUGACCCUCGGCAGCACCACCUUCAGCCAUGUCAAGCACGAGAACAUCUACCUGGUCGCCAUCACCCGUAGUAACGCCAAUGCCGCCCUGGUCUUCGAGUUCCUCUACCGCUUGAUCCAGCUGGGUCGCGGCUACUUUGGCAAGUUUGACGAGGAGGCCGUCAAGAACAACUUUGUCCUGGUCUACGAGCUCCUGGAUGAAAUCAUCGACUUUGGAUAUCCCCAAAACACCGAGACCGACACUCUCAAGAUGUACAUCACAACCGAAGGCGUCAAGUCUGAGCGCGCCGUCGAGGACUCCGCCAAGAUCACCAUGCAAGCUACUGGCGCUUUAUCCUGGCGCAAGGCCGAUGUCAAGUACCGCAAGAACGAAGCUUUUGUCGACGUAAUCGAAGAUGUCAACCUGCUCAUGAGCGCAACCGGCUCCGUCCUGCGCGCCGACGUCAACGGCCAGAUCAUCAUGCGCGCCUACCUCAGCGGCACGCCCGAGUGCAAGUUCGGUCUCAACGAUCGCCUCCUACUCGACCAGGACGGACUCAUGAGCCUGCCCAGCGGCAACAGGAUGGGAAGCAAGGCGACCAAGGCCGCGGCCGGCAGCGUCACGCUCGAAGAUUGCCAGUUCCACCAGUGCGUCAAGCUGGGCAAGUUUGACAGUGACCGCAUCAUCAGCUUCAUCCCGCCCGACGGCGAGUUCGAGCUGAUGAGGUACCGCGCAACCGAGAACGUCAACCUGCCGUUCAAAGUGCAUGCCAUUGUCAACGAGGUGGGCAAGACAAAGGUGGAAUACAGCAUCGGUGUGCGCGCCAACUUUGGAUCCAAGCUAUUUGCGACCAACGUGGUCGUCAAGAUUCCCACGCCGCUCAACACGGCCAGGAUCACGGAGCGCUGUACCCAGGGCAAGGCCAAGUACGAGCCGUCCGAGAACGUGAUUGUGUGGAAGAUUGGUCGCUUUGCUGGACAGAGCGAGUUUGUGCUGAGCGCCGAGGCCGAGCUUACUAGCAUGACGAACCAGAAGGCUUGGAGCAGGCCGCCACUCAGCAUGAAUUUUAGCCUGCUGAUGUUCACCAGCUCUGGCUUGCUGGUUCGCUAUCUCAAGGUGUUCGAGAAGAGCAACUACUCGAGUGUGAAGUGGGUGAGGUAUAUGACAAGGGCAGGAAGCUACGAGAUUAGAUUCUAAAUAAUUGAAUAAUACAUAAUGGCGUGCGCCACCGACUACAAACCCUAUGCGGUUAAUGCACGGGCCAUCCUACCACCUACGGCAUAUAAUAGCACGGCGUCUGGG